AUGAGCGGAUACGGCUACAACGGCGGCGGCGGCGCCUCUGACGACUACUACGGCGGUGGUGGUGGUGGUGGUCGUCCCUCGCACGGCGGCGGUAACUCCUACGGUGGCGGUAGCUCUGGUGGCUACGGCGGUGGUGACUCCUACGGCGGCCCCUCCUCCGGUGGUCACGGUGGUCCCCCUCAGUCCAGCGGCUACGGCGGUGGUGACUCCUACGGCGGCCCUUCCUACGGAGGUAGCUCCGGUAGCCACGGAGGGCCUUCUCACGGUAGCUCUGGCGGCUACGGCAACAGCUCCGGCGGCUAUGGAGGCUCGUCUCAGGGCCACGGCCACCACGACUCCGACUCGGAUGACGACCUCAACCCCGCCCUCUCGCACGCUCAAUCCUCCGGUGGCUCGGGCGACAGCAGCCUGUUCAGCAGCGCCCUGUCCUUCAUCAAAGACCAAAAGAAGAAGAAGGACUACAAGAACGACGAGGUCAACGAUGACGAAAUGGUUUCCGCGCACCAGUCGCUGUACAACGGCGGGUCUGAUGACCGCAAGCACGACUCGAACUCCGUUGGUAUGGGCGCUGCCAUGCAGGCGUUGAAGAUGUUUAGUUCGAGUGACUCUGGUUCGGGAUCGGGAUCGAGCUCAAGCUCAGGUGGUAUGGAUAAGAAUAAGUUGAUUGGUAUUGCCAUGUCGCAGGCUGGUGAUUUGUGGGAGAAGAAGAACUCUGGUGGUCAGGCUAGCGGCGACAAGCAAUCCGCCGUCAACUCGGCCGCUGAGAUGGCUCUUAAGAUGUACAUGAAGGGCAACGGCAGCGGCUCGCAGGGCACCGGUGGCCCUAGCAGCUCUGGUGGUGCUAGUGGCUUGUUGAGCUUGGCGAGCAAGUUCAUGUAAUGGCCUUGACGAAGUUAUGAUUCCAUUUUCAUUUUGUACAGCUUGACUUGAAUGUUCCUUUAAAGUACAUAACCAUAUCUAUGUUUGAUACAUAUUGAAUGAAAUGAAUGAUGAAGAUGAAACGCAAUGGUAUCAUACGCUAUGCAGGUGUAAAACAUAAGCAAAACACCACCCUGACUACAGUAAGUAGCCGAAAGAAUACAAAUCUCAAAAACAGAAACAGAACAAUGUCCCAACUCAAUGCAGCGGCAAUGCAGCGGACAAAAUAAAACAACAACACGAAAAGUGGGGGAAAACAAGAAAAAGUAGAGAAAACCUAAAGUAACAACAUCUCAUACUCCUCCCAACUCAACCCCCCCAAAAACCUCAUCCCCCUCUCCCUCGCACCACCCACAACACACCUCCCAUCAUCCCCCAACUCUUCCUCCCCAGCCUCAAUUCCCUUUCCCCAAGCCCUCCUCUCAAACUCCAUAAACCCACCAUAC